AUUUCAGAAUCCUGGUUCAGUGAUUUGCGGGGAAAAAAGAAAAGAAAAGAAAAGUCAGAAGUUUUAUCGUAUAUAAGAGACAGUAAGAUGAUGAUGAUGAUGAUGAGCAAUAUUUGUGUGGGUUAUUAUCACGGAGUAUUUGAUAGUUCUGGAAAAGAGAAAGGGUAUAUCAAGAGCAAGCUUAGAGAGCAACGUUGGUGUCAAAUGGUUUCUGAUAAGCAUCUCUUUUAUGUUUCAGGACCAACACAUCUGACUUCUAUUGACUGGAAGAACAGUGAUCAUCAGAGGUCUGUUGCUGCCAGUUUGGUUAAGGGUGUCAAAGUUCUUGAGCUGGACCGCCAAGAGAAGCGUGAAGGACCCGAGGCCUUGGCUCCUCCUUGGUGGGAGUUCUUCCAUUUCAAGUUGCUUCGUCCACUGGUGGAUGAUGCCAGUUGUGGUUCCAUUUUCGGUGCCAUUUAUGAGUUUAAACCUCCUCAUGCUCCUCCUUUCUCUUCUCUUGGUACAGAACAUUCACUAUUGGAAGAUGAAAACAGCCCUCAUUAUGUUAUUGCCUUCCGUGGCACCUUAACCGCGUAUGACCUGGUCUCGCGAGAUCUUAACUUGUCCCUCAAGUUAAUCAAAAAUGGACUUCACAAGACAUCUCGCUUUAAGACUGCUAUGCAAGCAAUCCAAGCUACGGUUGGGGAAGCAGGUGAUUCAUCAAGCGUUUGGCUAGCUGGCCAUUCCAUGGGUUCAGUAUUGGCAAUGCUUGCUGGAAAAACAAUGGCCAAGGACGGAAUCUUACUCAAAUCUUUUCUCUUCAAUCAACCAUUUGUUUUCGUUGCCCCGAUGGAGAGGAUCAAACACGAGAAUAUCAAGCUUGGUAUUCGCUUUGCCCGGAGUGUGUUCACUGCGGGACUGGCUAAAGCUGUAAAUCCCACCUGGUCAGAACACGAAGAUCCAUUCUUCGGUCUUUAUGAAUGGGUUCCUAGUGUAUUUGUGAAUCAAGGUGACGACUUCUGCUCUGGAUAUAUUGGUUAUUUCGAACAUAGAAAGAAGAUGGUAGAGAUUGGAGCAGGAGGCAUUGAGAGGUUAGCAACCCAGAAUUCAAUUGGGAGUUUAUUGAGGUAUGCAAUAGGAAAGGAGACAGAGCCACCAAUGCACCUCAUUCCUUGUGCAAACCUCUCAGUCAAUUUAACCCCUUCAAGGAAUUUCAAAGAAGCCCAUGGAAUUCGACAAUGGUGGCUAGAGAAUCAGCACUUGCAGUCUGAGACUUACAGAUACAGAUAAGACUUCUGGGUGUGUUCUGUUGAUUAUAUAUUUUUGAGUAGUGAAACUUCAGCCUCAAGCAUAUCCAUUAGAAAAGUACACCAGACCAAAUGCUAGUCAUUAAUGAACAUACAUUGAUACACAAGCUCCGAUGUACUUGACCCCUAGUAAGCAGUGAACGCAAAUUUGAUAAGAACUUUAGUGAUUUUACUCGCAUUGCUAAUUUGCAAUACGCUUGCUGUUGAGAGCAAGCAGGGGUUAGUGUUAGAGAUCAGUUGAGCAUAUUUCAUAUGAUGGAGCCAGACCCAAACGGCCAAACCCAUAACCUGCUAAGCAAAUUUUCCAAAACAUGAUAGAAUAUACUUUGAAAAAGACCUUUCUUGAGAAGAGAAGUGACUGGAUCAGAUCUUUGAAGUUUGAACUCAAUAAAAGUUUCACAAUAUCUAAUUGACCAAUGCUGUGUCAUUGUAAGAAAAACUCCAAACCUAUUCUAUGGUAAUUACUUAACAACCCAUUGCCUAGUGAAAUUACAGCAAAGUAAAUAUGAAAUUCAACAAAAAGAAAAUCCCAAAUUUCUUUUGCAAAAUUCUAUAAAUACACUACUCUGUUUCACUUCCCACACCAACUAUAAAAAAUUCUACAAAUACACGAAUUAUUUCGUAAAUUUAUUAAUAAAUCAAUUUUUAAAUUCAGAUAGUGUAUUGGUAGCAGAAUUGUGUUUUAUUAUCAACAAAGGCAACUUGGACAAAUACUAUGACCAUUUGACCAUUUCUGCGCCAUGUUAUUCUUUUGACCAUUGACGUUGCAAACCUCACAGAUUCAGAAAAGUACUCAUUCCAUAGAAAAUGAUGUUAUGAAUCCCUGAAAAUAUAUAUAUAUAUAUAUGUAUAUAUAUAUAUAUAUAUGUAUAUAUAUACUUGGAGAAAUUGAAUCUAACCAAGUAUAACCAUUGCUACACUUUCAAAAUAAAUCUGCAGUGUAUUCGGUGGAAGAAAUCAAUAAUUUAGUCUCUAACUGGUGGCCGGAGCAGCCUGAAUCCAACUUGGUAAGGCGGAUUGGUCAAGUGAUACGUAGAAGAACAAAGUGAUCGGAAAGAAUGUCAUCCAAAAGCUUGUUUUCACUGCUUCCAUGUUUAAGGACAAAGGAGAGAGAUACUGGUAUUGUAUCAUCAUCAAUGUUCUUGGAGAAUGGAAGCAAAUUAUUAGAAGAUCUCAUUGCUUCAUGUGAUGGAAAGUCUAAUCCAAUUCGUUGUUAUUCUCUUGAUGAACUCACAAGGGCAACCAACAACUUUGAUCCUUCUUGCAUUAUACAAGACUUUUCGGCGGAAUUUCGUUACCAAAUGUUUAAUGGUUUUCUAGAUGACCGAUCAAUUACCAUUAAGAAGUUUAUGAGUACUGCCCAAGUUGGGUAUGAAGCUAGGUCUCUGGCCAUUCGUGACAUUAUAAUAACAAUGCAGAUGAGCAGUCAUAACAAUGUCUUAAAGCUGUUGGGCUGCUGCUUAGAGCUCCCUAUACCGGCUCUAGUGCUUAAUGUGCAAGUGAAGGAAUUCUAACUAGUGAAGCGGGAGCAAAUCAAUCCCUACCAUGGAAUAUUAGGCUGCGCAUUGCAAAGCAACUUGCAAAUGCAAUUACAUAUCUGCAUACUGCCUUCUCCCGGCCAAUUAUUCAUAGAGAUAUACGAGCCUCCUGUGUUUUCUUGGGCAAUGAUUAUAUUCCGAAGCUUUGCAACUUCUCACUUUCCAUAACCAUUCCUCCUAUGCAAUCGCAUGUUGUAGAUGAGCCAAAAGGGACAUAUGGGUACCUUGACCCUGCCUACAUGAGGUCUGGUUACAUUUCAGAAAAGACUGAUAUUUAUAGCUUCGGUGUGCUUUUACUUAUAUUGUUGACAGGCCAAAAAGUUGUGCUUCAAUAUCAAGAAGAAUUUGAGUCGAUUAUUUCAUAUGUGAAACGUCAUGCUAGUGAUGGUCAGAUUCAGACGGUAGUAGAUCCUAAAAUCCUUGGACAGAUGGGGGAAGAUAAGCAAGCUCAAGAGCAGUUGCAUUUAUUCCUAGCACUGGCAUUGUCAUGUACCCAAGAUGAAAGUGAAGCAAGGCCAGAUAUGAUUGAUGUGGCUAAAGAACUGAUACUUAUUGAGAAGUCUGUCCUGCUUCGCUAGACAUUCACAUUAGUUAUCCCCUGUUUGAAAUCAGAUUGAAUUUCUCACUUUAUUCAUUGAUGGUUCAUGCA